UUUCCAAAACAUCGCUGUACUCGGCUCGAAUUUAGCUCGAAAAAGGACUCUACGAAGCCUUCGAAAUACACAAAACGACGUAAAACGGCAACCGAAGAAUCUCAUUUGACGAAAUGGUAUGGGGAUUUGUGACUUGCGGUCCUAAUGAGGCACUUGUUGUCUCAGGAUGUUGUUACAUGAAACCGUUGCUUGUUCCCGGAGGACGAGCAUUUGUUUGGCCUUCCAUUCAACAGGUUCAAAGGAUUUCUUUGAACACAAUGACGCUCCAAGUUGAAUCUCCAACAGUUUACACGUCACAAGGUGUGCCAAUUUCCGUUACGGGAAUCGCUCAAGUCAAGAUUCAAGGACAAAAUGAAGACAUGUUAUUGACAGCAUGUGAGCAAUUUCUCGGAAAAACCGAGGCAGAAAUUCAGCAUAUUGCUCUCGUGACAUUGGAAGGACACCAACGUGCCAUUAUGGGUUCAAUGACUGUCGAAGAGAUCUACAAAGAUCGUAAAAAGUUUAGUAAGCAAGUGUUUGAAGUUGCCUCUUCGGAUUUGGUAAAUAUGGGAAUUACCGUGGUUUCUUACACUUUGAAGGAUAUCCGUGACGAAGAGGGAUAUUUGAAAAGUUUGGGUAUGGCGAGAACUGCUGAAGUUAAACGAGAUGCACGCAUCGGAGAAGCUGAAGCUCGUUGUGAUGCAACGAUCAAAGAAGCGAUUGCCGAAGAACAGCGAAUGGCUUCUCGUUUCUUGAACGAUACGGAAAUCGCUAAAGCUCAACGUGAUUUUGAGCUCAAAAAAGCUGCGUAUGACGUUGAGGUUCAAACUAAAAAAGCUGAAGCUGAACUCGCAUACGAACUUCAAGCUGCCAAAACGAAACAACGCAUCAAGGAGGAACAGAUGCAAAUCAAAGUCGUUGAACGAACUCAAGAAAUUCUUGUGCAGGAACAAGAAAUGGUGCGUAAAGAAGCCGAAUUGGAAGCUACAGUACGUCGCCCAAUGGAAGCUGAAAAGUAUCGUUUAGAAAAAUUAGCUGAAGCUAACAAGAAACGUGUCAUUCUCGAAGCUGAAGCAGAAAGUGAAGCUAUUCGCAUUCGAGGUGAAGCAAAAGCAUUUGCUAUUAAUGCCAAAGCCAAAGCUGAAGCAGAGCAAAUGGCAAAGAAAGCCGAAGCCUUUAGAGAAUAUCGCGAGGCUGCUAUGGUUGAAAUGUUGCUCGAUACAUUGCCAAAAGUCGCUGCUGAAGUUGCAGCUCCAUUGUCACAAGCGAAGAAAAUCACAAUGGUAUCGUCAGGCACAGGCGAAAUUGGCGCAGCGAAACUCACGGGAGAAGUGCUUCAAAUUGUCAACAAAGUACCCGAAUUGGUCAAGACAAUAACUGGCGUCGACAUCUCAAGGAUGCAGGAAACCGUUCAUGCUCAACCCGUUACUGUUCAGUAAAUUCUUUUCUUCUUCAUGUUUGUAUUUUUUUGAAUAAUGAUCCAUAAACCGACCAAAAAUUACACAAAGUUGGCUUAAAAAGUGCUUUAUAACCCGAAAAUAUAUUGAAUUAUGACAUUAUCCGUGCACGCUGGAUAGAUUCUAACAUCUAUGCCUAAAAA